AUGGUUUCAAACACUAAUGAAUAUGCUCAGAUUAUGGUAUCUAAAGACAUUACACUGAAUGAGGACCAAAUAAAAUCGUUUGUGCGGCUUGAUGGCGAUAAUGUUGAAAAUAAAAGAGUCGUAGAAACUAUAAUCCUCGAUGAUAACAAUGAGUCGUCUCAUUCUGAAGGAGAAGUAACUAUUUGUGAUACAUGUGGUAAUAUAGGAUAUGAAGAUUCACUUGUUACUUGUUGCAACUGCAAAGUUGGUGCGGAACAUACUUAUUGCAUGAUGGAAAAGGUAGAUAAGAUUCCUAAUAAUUGGUCUUGCUAUGACUGCACUGACGAAGUAGAUGGAAUCCAAAAAGAACAAAAAACUGAAGAAACAAUAUCUAGAAAAAGGAAAGCAGAAUCUGUUACCAAUGUUUUCAAGCUUACAGAAAAAAGAUCACCUCAAAGACGAUCUAAUUUCUUGAAUAAUGAAAUCGCAGAUUUUGACUUGAAUGUGGAUCUUAACAUAGAACUAGGUGAAAUGCUUCAUCUUUUGAGACAGGAUCUUCAAGUAACUUCCAACCUCAGUGUGUAA